AUGUCUAUCGCCAGCAACAGCCCAGAAAGGGAAGGCUCCAUGGCUCAUCUGGACUGCCCUUCAUCCCCCCCGGGCCUGGACCCUGACCCCUCCAGCCCUGUGCUCAGCCCGGACUCAUCCUCCCAUGAUACCGCGCUCUCAGCUCCAGCGGGAUCUCCUGCAGACUCUGAAAACCUCAGUCCAGAUGAACUGGAGCUGUUAGCCAAACUAGAAGAGCAAAACAGGUUGCUUGAGGCCGACUCCAAGUCCAUGAGGUCCAUGAGCGGUUCGCGACGCAACAGUGGCUCCUCGCUUGUGUCCAGCUCCUCGGCCUCCUCAAACCUGUCCCACCUGGAGGAGGACACCUGGAUCCUCUGGGGGCGCAUUGUCAACGAAUGGGAAGAGUGGAGGCGCAAAAAAGACAAGCUCCUAAAGGAGCUGAUCAGGAAGGGCAUCCCUCACCAUUUCCGAGCGAUCGUGUGGCAGUUGCUGGGAAAUGCCACCGACAUGCCGGUGAAGAACCAGUACUCAGAGCUGCUAAAGAUGUCGUCUCCGUGUGAGAAGCUGAUCCGCAGAGACAUCGCCCGCACAUACCCCGAGCAUGAUUUCUUCAAAGGCCAGGACAGUCUGGGCCAGGAAGUCCUCUUCAAUGUUAUGAAGGCUUACUCCCUGGUGGACCGAGAGGUGGGCUAUUGUCAAGGCAGUGCGUUCAUUGUAGGGCUGUUGCUGAUGCAGAUGCCAGAGGAGGAAGCGUUCUGUGUGUUUGUGCGUCUGAUGCAAGAGUAUCGUCUGAGGGAGCUAUUUAAGCCCAGCAUGGCUGAACUGGGCCUCUGCAUCUACCAGUUUGAGUAUCUGCUGCAGGAGCAGCUCCCUGAAUUGAACAUACAUUUUAAGUCCCAGAGUUUUCACACGUCCAUGUACGCCUCGUCCUGGUUUCUCACCCUCUUCCUCACCUUUCUCCCUCUUCCGGUUGCCACACGUAUCUUUGAUAUUUUCAUGUAUGAGGGCCUGGAAAUUAUUUUCCGUGUUGGCAUGGCCAUCCUCCAGUACAACCAGACUGACCUCAUUCAGCUCGACAUGGAAGGCAUGUCACAGCAUUUCCAAAAAGUAAUUCCCCACCAGUUUGACAGCUGCCCUGACAAGCUGAUACUCAGGGCUUAUCAAAUCAAGUACAACCCCAAGAGGAUGAAGAAGUUAGAGAAAGAAUACACCGCAAUUAAGAACAAAGAAAUGGAGGAACAGAUUGAGAUAAAGCGGUUGCGCACAGAAAACCGUCUCCUAAAGCAGAGAAUUGAGACGUUAGAAAAGGAGAGUGCUGCUUUGGCAGACAGACUGAUCCAGGGUCAGGUGACACGGGCACAGGAGGCCGAGGAGAACUAUGUGAUCAAACGGGAGCUGGCGGUGGUGCGGCAGCAGUGCAGCACGGCGAGCGAGAGUCUGGAGAAAGCACAGAGCACCAUCAGAGAGCUGCAGGAGCAUAAGCACACAGAGGAAUUUGUAAACAACUUGCAAACACAGUUGGAGCAAACUCGUUUGCACGAGGCUGAACUCCUGGGGGCACUGAAAGAGAUGCAGGACAAGAUCCUGGACCUGGAGAAGAGGAACAACUGUUUGCCUGAUGAGAACAAUGUGGCGGCUCUGCAGGAGGAGCUGAAGCAGAUGAAGCUCAGAGAGUUGGAAACUCUGAGUUCAUUCAGAGAAAUGCAGGACACAGUCACUGACCUGAACCAGCGCUGGCAGCACCACAUGUCCCGCGGGAGCAGCCACUGGAAGGAGUCUCCAAAGAAGAACGCCAUGAACGAGCUUCAGGACAAACUGAUGACCGUGCGUCUGAGAGAAGCUCAGGCUCAGGCCGAGCUGCGAGAAGUCAAACUCAAGGUGUUGCAGCUGGAGAGCCAGACUCAGAUCCAUGGCAAACAGAUCGGCCGUCACGAGCAGGAGCGCUCGGCCCUCCAGGACCGGCUCCAGAUGGCAUCAAACCAGAGCAAAGCUCUGCAGACUCAGCUCAGCGAGAUGAAGAGGAAACAGGCUGAACUGGACUGCAAGAGUAAAGAGGAAGUGAUGGCCGUGAGGCUGAGAGAAGCGGACAGCAUGGCUGCGAUGGCUGAGCUCAGGCAGAAGAUAUCAGAACUGGAGAUACAGAAAGAAGAAGGUCUGAUUCAGGGUCAGCUCAACCACUCUGACUCCAGACAGUACAUUAACCAGCUUCGAGACCAGAUCUCAGAACUUAAAAAUGAGAUUCGAAUAUUGCGCGGGCACAAGGCGUCCACCGGCUCUCGCAUCAGCAGCGGCAGCGUGACCACCAACUACCAGGACCUGACCAGCCCCACGUCCGCUGAGGGGGACUAUCUGAGCUCAGACGAUGACCUCCUGCCCAGCCCCCUGCCCCCGAGCGCCCUGUUCCCCUCAGCCGCCCUGGACAGCGAGGGCAGCACGGACAGCGAGGUGGAGGAGCGCGCGCAGCCGAACCAACAGCAGAUCUAUGGCAGCAUGAGUCUAUGUGUCGCACACUUCCUCCACAGUAACACAUCCACCAGCGGGACACACACGGCAGGUGAGAAGCCCCGAUCACUCGGGUUCCUACAAAGCACGAUGCCACGGUCGUUCCUGGUGAAGAGAGGCGGCGUGCAGACAGCCCCAGUCUGGCAAACAGCUGCAGACAGAGUGGACCCUGAUAACACAGAGUCCGUCACAAUAACAUCACAGCAGCGCUUUAAACCUGAACAGACCUCAAGCAAAACUCUGAAAACACCAGAGCAUGUGUCACAGUGUCAAGAGAGACUUCACAGUGGAAUGGAGGAGAUGAAAAGUCAAACUUACCACACAUGCAUCGCUGGAUCGCAGAGCCCACUCUGUGAUGAAGUAACGAAGAAACAUUCUUGUAAUUCCACUGUGGGAGUUCACGUGUUCAAGACUCCCCCAAAAAGAACACUUCUGACUGAAAUUAACUCCAGCCAAUGUGAGAAAGAGAAGAGUACUUUUAGAAAAAAGGAGCGUUCGUUUGCAUGUAGUGAGUGUGGGAAGGUGUUCAAGCGCUCGUCCACUCUGUCCACUCACCUCCUCAUCCACUCGGACACACGGCCCUUCGCCUGUCACUACUGCAGCAAGAGGUUCCACCAGAAGUCCGACAUGAAGAAGCACACUUUCAUACACACCGGAGAGAAGCCACACUCAUGUCAGAUUUGUGGAAAGAGCUUCAGUCAGAGCUCCAACCUCAUCACCCACAGCCGAAAGCACCGGGAGAGGAGACCCUUCCACUGCCCCCUCUGCCAACAUGGCUUCACCCACAAACUGGACCUGCGCCGACACCAGGAUUAUUACUGCGCCCAAACGUGA